GUCAUAUGCGAUUGGUUAUAUACAAAAACAGUAUAAAAUGCGUUUGUAAGCAUACGGUUUAUGUCUUUGUAUCAUUUUAUACAGCUGUAAAGGUUUUGAAAAAAGAAAACAAUAAAAAAUAUGGUGGUAGCAAAAAAAUACAUCGUCCUAAAUCCUUUUGACGGAGAACCAAAGAAAAGUGAUUUUGCAAUUGUCGAGGAGGUUUUACCUGAGUUACAAGAAAAUGAAUUCCUUGCUGAAGCAGCAUACAUUAGUGUUGAUCCCUACCAGCGAAUGAAAUUGGGCGCAUCAUAUCCUUGUGAUAUGAUUGGAGGGCAAGUAGCAAAAGUAAUUGAAAGCAAAAACCCCGAGUAUCCAGUCGGUUCCUGGGUGAUGGGACAUUUUGGGUGGAGAACUCAUACAGUGACUAAACCAGAAAACGAAAAGUUUAGUGCUCAAAAACCGUAUUUGUACAAAUUACCUGAUUUCGGUGAUUUACCUGUGUCUCUUGCACUUGGUGUGUGUGGAAGAGUGGGGAACACAGCAUACUUUGGUUUGACGGAGAUCUGUCAACCGAAGGCCGGAGAGACUGUGGUGAUAUCAGGGGCGGCAGGAGCUGUCGGUUCACAUGUAGGACAGAUCGCUAAGAUUCUCGGAUGCCGAGUUAUCGGAAUCGCAGGCUCUGAUGAGAAAUGCGAAUGGUUAGUCAAGGAGUUAGGAUUCGAUUGUGCUGCCAACUACAAAACAACAGACAUAGCAGAAUUCCUUGAAGAAAAUGUACCAGAAGGUGCAGAUUGCUAUUUUGAUAAUGUAGGAGGAGAACUGAGUAGUACGAUAAUGUCGAAGAUGAAUAAGUUUGGCAGAGUCGCUGUUUGUGGAGCUAUUUCAAGUUAUAACGAAACGGAUCCGGAGAAGCGUAAGGCAUCAAUUUUACAAUUCUUCUUUAUAGGCAAAGGACUUAAAGCAGAGGGGUUCUUGGUGAAUAGAUUCGCUGAUCGAAAUUUAGAAGGAAUUAAUCAAAACUUAAAGUGUGUGAAAGAAGGAAAGCUGAAAUACAAGGAACACGUGACCGAGGGAUUUGAAUCAGCUGUUGAUGCUUUUAUUGGUUUGUUUAGAGGAGACAAUAUUGGUAAAAGUAUUGUAAAAGUGAAAUGAAAUGGAGUAAUUAUCAUCAGUGACGUGGGAACAUGUUAUAUUAUUUUCUUUUAUUUAGUCUCUUUUUAUUGAGUAACUUUCAAAAAAUAUAACAUAAGUAAUAAAGUUUAUUAUUCUUUAAAAAAGUAUUAAAAAGUUAACAUAUUUUAAGUGAAAUUUUUGUUACUAAUUGCGCUAUUGAUUUUUAUUUUAUUUUACAUAAUAUGAUACAUAACUUACAAACUUACAAAUUUUACCUCCUUAUAAUAUUAGUAUAGAUCGACACAACCAAUAAACUCACAAAAAUGUACAUUACCUAUAAGUACAAAAAUCAUAUUUCAUUAUUUCAAAACAAUACCCAAUAUGUCUUUAAGAACCAAUUGAGUGUAUGGUUACAUCAUUUCAUUUGCGAGGGAGAUCCCGUAUCACCGUUUGCGGGUCGGUAACCAUCUUCAUAAACACGUGCCAGUCGGCAAAACCAUACGUCUUGUGCAAUAUUCAACAGAGCCAAUAAAGAAACAGUUAUGCCGCACAUCACACAUUUCUUGACACGAAUACUUCAGCAGAAUUUCCUUUACGGUUCGUUGCACGUUUGUAAAGUUCUAUAUUAUAUGUACGUACCCAUUUAUUUAUUUAUAGGUAAAUCUAUGUUAAGUAAUUAAGUAUUUAUAUCUUUUUAUAAAUUUUUAGUUGUGUUACAAGUCCCUUUUCAUAAGUGUUGAAACUAGUACUCAAAAAUUAAGAUUUAAAAUUCAUAUAGCAUUGAGGAUCGUGUUUGAUUGGUAAAUCGGGAACAGAAGUAAAUAUUUAACGGUAAAAAAAGUGUAGAAUUCAAAGAAAAUGUUUUUUAUUGUACUGAAUGUUACUGGACUUGGACUCAUCCAGUAAACGCAUUUUGGGAAUGUUAUAGGCUCCCUUGUGCUAUGAUCAAAACGGGAUUUAAGUGUUUGCCUAACGCGAUACCUAGUAAUAUUUACGUUAAUAAGAACAUAAUGUUCUGUCAGUUUGUUCAUCAUUAAAGCUAGGUGCUGGUUCCAAAUUGUAGAUUCGGAUGGAGAAGAACGAAGAAGAAACUCCUUGUUUACAUGAGUAUGACAUAUGAGCCAUAUAGCACUAGUUUCAUGGGUCAUAUAAAGGUAUCUAUCACAGGACACAAAAAGUGGCUGUAAAAUAUGCUCUAUCUAUCAAACACGUGAUUUUCAAAAACAAUUCCACAAAUAUUUAGCCUUCUAUCGUCCAAACGUCACUAUUAGAUAAGUAGGUUAUGUAAAAUUCAAUACAAUGUAUUCAAUGUCAAAUUAACUUUUAUGUGUAAAUCAAAUAUGUACACAUCUUAAUGUCCUUACAAUAACAAUAGAUCAGUCAUAGCAUUGACUUUGAUACUUGAGAAGGUAACAUAUAGUCCAGUAUAAUUUGAACUCUAAACAUUCGUAAAAUACUUGAAGCUACAUGUCUAAUUACAAUGGCCGUAAUAACACUUGUCUAUAUAGAAUUGAGUUUAAUAGUUAAUUCUAUUGAGCAAGUAAUUAUGUUCUUAAGUGGUUACAUAAAAAUAAAUACUAUAGAUGCUUACCUAAGUUUCAUUGUGGCGUGGGUAUCGCUUAAUGAGUAUGGUGUGACUGAUUUGGUUUUUGAUAGACAAAAGGAUUAGGUCUUUUCUUAAGUCAAGGUCAUGAAAGAAAUGUUUAAGGAGAAUAUGGACGGAUGGUGUGGGGAAUCAUUUGAAAGAAAUUGCGUUUCUCAAGCGACUGUGUUUCUGAAGGAUUUUUUAACGUGAGUAUCCUUUAGGCCCGGUUCGCUAAUGGGUCGGCUUGCUGCAUCAUCACUUACCAGCAGACAAGAGAGACGCCAAGGAAGUUUUUAAUGGAACAAUAAGGGCAGAAGGAAAGAAAAUAGUACUGGUGUAUAUCGCCUGAUAUCUAAUUGCUCAAUAAUAAUGAAGAAACAAUACACAAUUUUCGCUUCCUUGAUUCAGGGAUCCCUUGACCGGUUGUUGCACUUAUAAGCACUUGAACACAUUUUUAUAUUUAUUUACUUUAACUCAUCUUACAAAAUAAUGACGGGCUAAUCAUAAAUGCAUCGACCACGUUAGCGUCGUUGCCGGAAUGAAAGUGUGACUGAACGAUCAAGGAUCUCUGGUAUGAUUUCUGAAUCGGAACAUCCUAGUACCAACAAUGGGAUGUUCUCGGUUUCUUAAAAUAAAUAUGUAGUAAUAGUUCCAGUAGUAAUAAUUAUGUCAUAUUAGCAAUUGAUCCUCUAUACACACACAAAAUAAGCACAGGUAAAUUGAUUGGAUUGGAUAGAUAUUACAUCGUGUUUGAGCACAUUUGCCUAAACUGCCGACAGCGCCCUCUGGAGAUAAUUAGGCAGACAUUUGUGACGACUUAGCUACGAAGCCGUAACGUUAAACUUUGUGUUUACUCGAGUGUUGUCAGCAUGCACGAACAUCUUCGUGCUGUGCAUUUUAAACAUGCCAUGUUACCCAAUUUUACAAGGUAUCCGUGUUUUACCUACUGAUUUAAGGUCUCAGCUAGUAACUUAUUUUGGUCUCACGGAUGUUAGGAGGAAGAUUUGGAAGGUUAUGAGAAUGUGUCUAUUUAUUUAGGUGCUUGAGUAAUAUUUUUUUAUGUGAUAGGACGUCAAACGAUCAUACCGAUUACCUGAUACGAGGAGUAACGAGUGAGUUGCAGGCCUUUUGGGGACUAAGGUUUUGGAGCUUUAGGGAUUAGACCCCUGGUAACAGCAAUCACAAGGAAUCAAAUAAAACAAUGUGGUAGUUUCACGCCGGUUUUGUGUGAGACCGUGGUAUCGCUCUGGUCGAGCCAGUACAUUCGUGGAAGCAUGGCUAUCUCACACUCUGUAUGUAAAGAAAUAUCUUGAA